UGUCGCGAACCCCACCUGCAUGGAUGCAAGUUGGUAUAAAUAGGGCCGAAAUGCAGCUGUAACUGCAUACAGACGACGACAUCAUCAUCAUCAUCGUACGAACACCGAAAACAUGGCUUUCAAACUCAUUGUUUUGUGCGCUGCCCUGGCUGUGGCUAAUGCUGGAAACCUGGGCCUGGGUUACGGAGCCGCCCCCCUGGCGUACUCUGCCCCAGCUGUGUCCUACUCGAGCAUCUCCGCUCCAUACUCUGCCGCUUACUCCGCCCCUAUCGUCGCGAAGACAAUUGCUUCACCCAUCGCCUACUCGCAACCGAUAAUCUCCAAAACAAUUGCAUCCCCGUUGGCAUACUCCGCUGCCCCAGUCGCCACAUCUUACUCGAGUAUCACCAAGACCGUCGCCCCGGUGGCCACCUACGCCGCAGCCGCUCCAAUUGCCUACUCCGCGCCGGUAGCAACCUACGCCAAGACCAUCGCCGCCCCAGUCGCAUACUCUUCGCCUAUUGUUGCUAAAACGUACGCCGCCCCCGCAGUCGCCCACGUCUCCUAUUCAUCCCCAAGCAUUGGCUACGGAUGGUAAAUCAACCCUCCAUUAAC